ACCCUAUCUGGGACUUCAAGAGCAUGCCUCGACGCCCAACGAACGUGUACAAAGCCAGAACCUCUGCCACUUGACUGUGUCAUAGUCCACACGGUCUGAUUCCUUGCAGCGGUUACGCCUAUCCAGUGCCAGUCUGCGUAAUCGCUUUCUUAGGCGAAACACAAGUGCCUGGUACCGUAAUCAGCCUGGCCGAUUCGGCACUACCGGUACCACCAAGAACAGCAAGGCCCAAACACACUUACCGGUACUAAACUCUUCUUACGUUCCAUGCUCCGUCCUUUGCAAGUGCGCUCAAGCACUUCACAAGAAGAUUUAACUAUACCAAUGGCCUACUCACCGCGGAAAAAGGAGGGCUGGAGACUCGGGCUGGGCACAGUAGCUUGCCUUGCGGCUUCACUACUCAUUAUUGUACUAUGCUUAGCUGGGGGUGGAUUCCUAACCGGGCCGCCAGCGGCGGGAGGUGGCCCAGCAGGCACGCGUGUUCUGGGGCUUCCUUUUUUCGGCAAGCCAAAGCCUUUCAGGAGCCCUAAGGUCGGCGAUACUUUCGGAACAAUAUUUCAUCUCGAGCUGAAGAUGUUCUACGCGGCUCAGGAGGCAAAGCCAGAGUACGAGAAGCUCAUCGAGACACUGCGUAACAUGAAGGCGAACGGUAUUAAGACCGUUGUCUUCAGCGAGAGCUGGGACUGGGCCGAGCCGGAGCAGGGCAAGAUCCGCUUUGCCUACCUUGACGGGCUUAUGACCUGCGCCUGCAAGAACGCGGAGAUAAAGGUGGACUUCAUCUUCGACCUGCUGCAGCCUCCCAAGUGGAUUUACCAGCGCUACCCCGACGCGCGCGCGCACGACGCGGACAACCGCACGUACGCCUGGAUGUCGUGGUUCCACCAGCUGUCCAACAAGGAGGCGCGCCGCUUUCUGGGCGCCUCCGCGACCUAUCUGCAGCAGAACUAUCCCGGCUGCAUCCAGGCCAUCCAGCCCGUCUACAACAACGAGUAUGAGGCCAAGUACACUCAGGAGUACGAUGCCUACCAGGACUACAGCCCCUACGCCAUCCACGCCUUCCGUGAGUGGCUGCGCUCCAAGGGUGCGGCGCUGCCGCAGCUGAGCCAGCGCUGGCAGGUGCCCAUGAAGACCUGGGACGAUGUCAUGCCGCCCAAGCUGCACGGCGGGGACUACUACGGCGCGGAUAUAACCGCAAGGUACUGGGACUGGAUCAAGUUCCGCGAGGAGCACGGGGCCGCGCAUUUUAACGCCGCGUGCGCCACCGUGCAUGAGGCCGGGCUACAGUGCUUUCACCACUUCCCUGAGUUCUUCUCUGUCAUUGAUGCCAUCUACGGCGCUCCUAUGUUCAAGCACAUCGUCGCCAGCCCCGUCACCGACUUCGUAAUCAUGGACUCCAACUUCCGUACACCGUACGGCACCCUCAUGAACCCCAACAAGCUGCGCCUUUACGUCGGUGCCGCCGUGCCGUACGGCAAGCCGGUGUACUUCGAGGCCGCCGUGGAGCGCUUUGCUGAUUUGAAGCUGCUUGAGGCCGGCUUCCGCGCCACGCUGCUGGCUGGUGCCCCCAACCUGGGUAUUACCAACUGGCACACGCGUGUGGAGGUAAAUGAGAGCCUGGCGCGGAUUAUGGGCGACGAGGUUGCGCCCAAGUGCGCAACAACAGAGGUGGUGGGCGUGUUUCUGCACCUGGACAGCUGCGCGGUGUUCCACGGACUGCAGUUCGGCUGGGUGCGAAAGGACCCUCUGCACGACUUUGUGGAGGACCUGGCCGACCGCCUCGCCCAGGACUGCGGCACAGACGUGGGUGUCUACAUCGAGCUGGACCGCUUCCUCGCUGACCUGCCGCGCUUCAACCGUGUUGUCUUCAUUGAGCCCCUCAUCCUGUAUGGCAACAAGGAGCUGGAGUCGUACAUUGCGGCCAAGGCGGUGCUCAAAAGCAUUCCGCACGAAAUCCUGCACCUCCCCGCCAACAUCACGGCGGGCGGCUCGCAGCUGGUAGUGCUGCAGGACCUCGGCAAGACACCCUCCGCCAACCUGCCGGUGCACCACGCCGCCUCGCCCUCGACUGCGCAGUAACUCGGAGCAACGCGUCGCAUAUGCAGCAAGAGCUUACCGCUGGGGAGGGGCAGUCGCGCAAUGGUUGGUGUGUAGCAUGGGAUGGCUGGGUCAAGUUGUCGGGGUGGUGCUACAACUGCGUCGGGGUGGUGCUACAACUACCAUGCGAUUGUAGGAGGACCUGAGAACAACGAUUAAUAUGUAUCGUUAUGGAAUAAACCGUGUCUGGCGUCGGAGGCAGGCAAGGCUCGGUUUAGGAUACCGCCGUUGUAGAAGCUGCUACCCUCAGCUGUGUGUAUGUAGUUAUGAAGAUGACCGGUUAGACGCAGUCACACAACUGUAGUCACUUUAAUUUGCCUCUCCCGGCUGGGCUGGACUUCCAAAGAUUGUCCGCCCUUCACGAGGACAUGGGCAUGCAAUCCUUGCGGGAGCGUGCGUUUUCCUUCGGCUUACGAGGAAGCAUGCUGUGUGUGGAGUGUCCACGUACCCCUAAGCCUUUAAGUGACGCUUCAUGUUUGUUCACGCAUGUGUGGGGUAUGUGUGCUGUAAGUGAAUUGGGUCAAUGACAUUCAUGCAAUGUCUGGAGGAAACCCGUCAGCUUCGCGGACACGAAGGCUCGCCCCCAUUUUGGAAUGUGUGUCAUGCGUGGGUUGCGUUUGUUGGAUUAAAAUGGGGAAAUUCGACAAGAGACACUUGUGGGUUGCUGUCUGGAGUUGCGCCCAGAGCCCUUUCUGAUAUCGUCUUCAGAAGCUUGGGAGUCAAUGGCACGUGCACGUUUACGAUUACAUGGUACGGUGUAGGGCCAUCCGCCCUACCGCACAACCCCACGAACCAUUGCGAUUGAGAGGUGCAACAACAGCGACUAGCUCUAUUAGCAGGGAGGAAGUACUGAGCUGAAACAUUGGUUGGUCUCAAAAGAGAUGGUCAAACCUAAACGCAGUAAAAGCAAGC